AUGCAGCGAGAUGAUGAUGAUGAAAGGAAUGUUUCCAACAACAACAAUAACCAACACAAUAAUAAUCGGAAAUAUUUAGCAAUCAUGGUAAUCAUUCAACUCUUCUUGUACAUGUACUUUCAAAUAAGACAACAACAAGAACAACAUAAACAUCUAAUUUCUUCUUCCUCUUCUUCGGAAUCUAAAUCAACGAAUGGUGUUUCUCCAACGUCAUUAUUUGGACAAAUCGGAACGAAUCAUUAUUUCUACAGUUCUAGAAUGAAUAAAUGGGUAGCAAAUGUAGCAAAAGAUCCUAGAGAACGAACUUUGCUUAAAAUUGCGGCUCAUAUUUACUUUCUUCCACUCAAACGAUAUGUUUAUAAUUUAAUUGGAGAUGAAGAUGAUCCGUUUGAAAAGACUACACAAUAUAUUAGAUUUUCUCAGUUUUUAUAUCCUGAUUUGGAACACUUGAUGGGUGUUGGAAAUGAAAAAUUUGACUCGCAAAGUCAUGAUGAAUUUGAUUUUUUCAGAUCGCCUCCAAGUGAUGAUAUUAUUUAUGAAAAACCAGUGACAAGAUGUGAUAUUGAAAUAUUUAUUUCAAAAUCAUGCCUUCGAACAAAGAUACCUCAAGAAAAAACCGAGAAUAAGGAUGAACUACAAGCAAACAUGAAUGAAAAGCUCAAAAAUCUUAGGGAUGCUUAUUUGAAAGAAACUUUGCAAGAUACAAAAAAGUUGCAAUUUUUAAAGCAAUUAAAUAGUAUGAACAUGCAGAAACAAUAUUCUCAAAAGGCACAUGUGGAGGAUAGUAUUCAACAAAUUGACACUCUACGAGAAGAAUCAAUCACUAUUUCGCAUUCACAUUCAAAGACAACGAAAGAUCAAUCAAAAAUGCACGUGACUGAUAUUUUAAAUGUCAUUCCUCAAUCAAAUGCCAAAAACAACAACCUGGAAAUCAUUCAAGAACAUUUUAACCAAAUAUCAAUGAAAUAUGCCAAUAAUAGUAAUAGCAAUAGUGACAAUCAUUCAUCUCCAAGUCGAGUUGAAUUCAUGAUAUCACUAAAACAAAAAGCCAUUGCCCUCAUGCUGCAAACUCUUGAAGAUCUCAAAGAUAUUCCUGCAAAGAAUGGUAAUCUGCAACUCAAUCCAAAAACUGGAGACCUCUCACCCAAUCAACUCAUUCCAUCGAUUUAUUUAGUGAUAGCGUCGAAUCCACAAUUUAUCAAAUCAUGGUUCUCGUUCAAAGCUGAAGUUGAUUUUAAUUCGGUCAGUCAACGGAGAUUAGUGAAACAGUUGAAUACUCUCAUUCAAGGUCGAGAUUUGAUGGUACAAUUUGAAUUAUCCACAUUGAAUUGCAAUGCUCGCUGUAGACGUGCAUUCAUUCAAGCAUAUCAUAUUCUAUCCAAGUGUGAUAAGUUCCAGAAAGUAACGUUUAACAUUGUGAAUAAUGACAAGUAUCGAGGGAAAUCAAACACACGAGUAAUGGACUUGUCCAUUUCCAUCUUCACCUCAGAGGGCAAUAUUUAUGAAAAUAUUAAUGGUUUGAAAUGCACAGCAAAGAAGAAUCACUAUAAUUGUGCAAAAGAGGUUAUUCACUCUCUCCAAGGUGCUGUAAGAGAUGAGAACAACAACAAGAAAAAGGAACUUCUGAACACCUAA